CUCAGAUUGGUCAGAGGUUCCGCCCUGCUGUUGUUCAGCUGUCAGUCACGCGCCUCCCGGCUUUUCCUGGUGGGGGGCAGAGGGGCGUGAGCUGCCGGGGGCGCAGGGCCGGGUGAAGGCGCGUGGCCUGGCGGGAGGAGGAGGAUGGCUCCAUCUGGGGAGUGAUUCUACUGGGAGCGGCUGUGGCAGUCCUCGAGAGCGCCGAAGGACUUCCUGAUGAAGACCAAAGCUCCUUCUCUGGACCUGUGUCAGCAACGAUUUCCUAUGCCAUGAAUAACACUACCCUGCCCACCUCUCCUGAACCAACCAGCGACUCUUUGGUGGGCUAUGUUCUGGUGCCAUUUUUCCUUAUCACUGUGGUUGGGAUCAUCAUGGCUGUGAUGAUGUAUAUUCAGAAGAAGAGGAGGUAUGACCGGCUACGUCAUCACUUGUUGCCAAUGUAUAGCUAUGAUCCUGCAGAGGAACUUCAUGAAGCAGAACAGGAGCUCCUAGUGGAGCCUGAAGACACUAAGGUGAUGCGAGGUUGGGGAGGAUACCAGCCCUAUCGUGCUUCGUUUGCAGAUGUGAAGGCUUAAUGCAACUGAAAGAGAUUGACAACAGGGCUUGGGGCGAAUGAUCUCGCUUAUCUGGUAUGCAUGCCAACUGGAAGUGCUCCCAAAUGCCUUGGACCUUGAACCUGCUGCGUUUGUUUUCCACUUCACUACUGUAUCCCUUUGCCUUGACUCCUGGUGAAAGAAGGCGAGUGAGUGCCUGCCCUGCUGGGUCUCAACACAGGUGUAACUGUGCAUAGGUGCAUAGAAUGAGCCUAGGAAGCUGGAGCCUUGCAUGCUUGGGCUUGGAACAGUUUUUUAAGACACAUCAACAACAACUCUUGGUUUGCAUUUGGGAUGGAUGCAGGGGAGAUGCUGCCACUUCAUGGAGAAUGCCUCUGAAUGGCCUUUAUAGUAAAGGCUAGAAGUCCUCAGCAGCUCAGCUCCCUCCCACUGACUUCCUCUUCAUGCAGAUGCAGCAUCCAAGAUGUGGCUGCAAAGACAUGAUAAUGCAUUUGCUCGUUGCCCCCACUGCCCAUCUUGCUGCCUGCUAACCUAUGCUCAUAAUGGGCAUGAUCACUUAGCUGUUGGGUUCCCGUGAUGUGCCCCUUUGUGGAUCCAGGAAAGGCAAAUACAAAUGUCCAGCUCAGACCUGUGGGUGAAGCAAUCUAAUAUCCUUUUCUCUGUACAGUUCCAGAGCCAGUGACGCAGAUCAGUGGUGAUGGGGGUGGGCCAAGAAGUACCUGCAGCGGUAAGCAGGUACCAGAAGGGGCCUGAAUGUAUUUGUGAGGAGGAGUUUCCUCCAGCAAGGUGCUUCUUUCUAUGUUGAUGACUUUUGUAUUUGAUGGGAACUGUACAUUUUGUAAAUAAAACAAGCCAUGGAUAGGACCAAACUCUA